UGCAGUGAUGAUCAGAAGCAGGGAUGAGCAGCAGGGAGAGGAAAACAUUGCCUUAUAAUCCUACACUGCAUGACAAGACAAGGAUCCAGAGCCAGGACGGUCAGCUUCACCAGCAAGAAGUACAGCUGUUAGCGAACAUGUGGAAGAGCAGAGGCAGCAAGUAACAUCUAUCUAACUGGCAACGUGGAACUUGGUCUUUUUCUGGAGUUAAUGAUAUGCGCAGUGGACUCAACUCUUCCUUUCUGGGUCCUCUGUUAUUUAACUCUUACUAGGAAGCUGUAUCUGGAUAUUCCUUUGCUCAACAGCUACCACCUGAAAAGGUGACCACUGGACAAUGGAUAAUAAAUGUACUGCAAAGAUGCAACCCAGCUGAAAAGAUAUCCAGAGAGCUCAGCCUUGGCAACCACUUGCUGGAUGUUAUGCCUGUUGGAAACACGUGUCAGGACUCGGGCUAGGCUCUCACCAUCCUGCCUCCCAUCCCCAUGAGGCCAGGGAGGACAAGCUAAGUGGAGGGUUCACUGUCAAUCUAUACAGGUUGUCCACCAAUAACUUGAUGGCUGCAGGAGCAUGCAGGAGUGAGGGAAGCUGUGACAGGCGUACACAGGACGUCAGUGGACCCAUUGUGCCUGAACAGCGGAAGUAAGAUUUCAAGACUUAACUAUGAUAGCAACUGGAGGAGUUAUAACAGGACUGGCAGCCUUAAAGAGGCAAGACUCAGCCAGGUCUCAGCAUCUCCUGUCCCGGCCUACAUCACCGCCUACUGAGAAGAAGCCUGUAAGACGUCGUCCAAGAGCAGAUGUAGUCAUUGUGAGAGGGAAAAUUCGUCUUUACUCUCCAUCUGGAUUCUUCCUAAUCUUGGGGGUCUUGGUUUCCGUAGCAGGGAUAGCUAUGGCUGUACUUGGCUAUUGGCCUCAAAAGGAAACAUUUUUAACACCAGAUAUUACACUAGAAGUUAAUAAAACACAAAUACUUAGAGAAACUGGGAUGAUGGUAAGAUUUUUUGAGCAGCAUCUACAUUCAGAGAAAAUGAAAAUGUUAGGUCCCUUUACAAUGGGUAUCGGUAUAUUUAUAUUUAUUUGUGCUAAUGCUAUACUUCAUGAAAAUCGUGAUAAGGAAACAAAAGUCAUUCAUAUGAGAGAUAUAUAUUCAACUGUCAUAGAUAUUCACAGCAUGAGGAUAAAAGAACAAAAGCAUCUCAAUGGCACUUUCUCAGGCUUGUAUGGAGAAGCAGAGUACCGUCAUUCUGACAACCCAUGUGCAUCUAAGUUGGCUGCUAAUACCAUUGCAUCCUUCCCUGGAAGCUACAGAAGUUCCAGUUCUAUAGACGAUGAAGGCAGCAGUCCUCGUGUAAGUAAAGGCUUUACAAAUCUCUUGCCCCCACUUCUUAUGGAGCGCUCAGGCUCAGUAUUUGGUCUGCACUGCCACUCAAAUAGGAUAGGUGAUGAUAGAAGCAGCAACUCCAAAAGAUGUGAAACAAAGUCUAUAGUAUCAUCGUCAAUAAAUGCUUUCACCUUACCUGUAAUAAAAUUGAAUAACUGUGUAAUUGAUGAGCCAGACAUUGAUAAUAUUACUGAAGACUCAGAUAUCAGUAGCAGCAGGCCAAGAAAUGUAUCAAUGGAUUCUUUAUCAAUUCCGUUAGCAGAUGAUGGCAACAGACCUUACAAGCCUGUCAGUUCAUCUUUAUCACGCAGCUGCUCUAUUAUGGAACCACUCAGGAGUAACUCGUCUAUAGUUUCAGCGCCUAAUAGUGGAACGCUUUUAUCUCCAGGAGCUGCCAGUAAACAGUUUGGAUCCAACACAUCUUUGCAUAUUUUAUCAUCACAUUCCAAAUCUUUAGACUUAGACAGAGGUCCUUCUACACUUACAGUUCAAGCAGAACAAAGAAAGCACCCGAGCUGGCCUAGACUGGAUCGUAGCAACAGCAAGGGGUAUAUGAAACUUGAAAAUAAAGAAGACCCAAUGGACAGGUUGAUUGUACCCCAGGCUCCUCCAGCAAGAAAGGACUACACCAACAAGGAGAAACUUCUUAUGAUCUCGAGAUCACACAACAACUUGAGUUUUGAAAAUGAUGAGUUUUUGAGUAAUAAUCUUAAGAGAGGUACAUCAGAAACAAGAUUUUGAAUUUUCGCUAAACAUUUAUCACUCCUAUAGAAAACAGAAUUUGGAAAUAUUCAAAAAAGUAUAUAUUUUUCGGUUUAUAUGUUGGCAGAUUUAGGAUAGGCCACUGGAAAUUUUGUGCCAUUUUUAUACUAAUUAUGGAAAAUUAUAAUGUAGAGAACUGUAUGUGCACACAGAUAAUUUAUGCUCAACUGUGCUCCUUUGUUUUUCUGUUUUGCUCACAGCAUUAUUGAUAGACCUCUGAGAAUUGUCACUGACAUAUUGUAUUCUGCAUAAAGAAAAUAUAUUACUGUAUCCUCUUGUCUUAUACCAGCUGUUCCCAAACUAUCUUGAAUCACAGCACCCUAGGGUACCAGCAUUUUGUUCUUGGCACCCAUAUGCCAAAAGUUUCUUAUUGAGAAGACUGGCAAAAAUGAUUAAGUUAUGUAAAUUGUGCUUACCUAUCAUCCUUAUGUUAAAUUAUACAAUGAUGGACAGGGUUGCACUUCUGUUUGUCCACUUAUGUUUUGACUGACAGCCACCAGCACUGGUUUUGCCUAUCACAUUGACCAUAAAAUAUUUUAAGUUGGUAAUGGACUCCCAACCAGUGGCACUCCUGCAAGUGCCAUGUGGUACCCAGGAUGCCAUGGCAUCCAGUUUGGGAGUCAGUGGUUUUAUACUCUGUUCAGAAAUCUGUGAGCAAAACACAGAAGUGACAAAUUAAGGGAAAGUUUACUCCUGCUAUGUGUACAUACUCUAAUGGGAACAGGCCAUUCUCAGUGCCCACAUACAAAGAAUACCAGUUAGAAAGACUCCUAUUCGAGCUACUGAAUAAAACACAAUUUUAGUUAUUGUGUAGUGAUAAGGAGCAUGUACUGAUAUAUUUUUAUGAAUAUUGCCAAGUCUGAUAUCAUAUGGGUGGUAGCUAUCCUUUACAAUGUUUAUAAUUGUUUAUACAUUCAAAGUCUUUUUACUGGUGAAAGAUGUAUAUAUUUUUUACUACUGAUAGAUAUUACAUAUUGUGAUGAUAUAAAUAAUAAUAGUCAUUCAUGUGGUUUGUGUAAGCCAGGCAUGUCCAAACUGUGGCCCUCCAGCUGUUGAGAAACUACACAUCCCAGCAUGCCGUGACACAGCUUUAGCAUUCUCUGGCAGCAAAACUGUGUCCGGGCAUGCUGGGAUAUGUAGUUUCACAACAGCUGGAGGGCCGCAGUUUGGACAUGCCUGGUGUAAGCCAAAGAAGAGUUCCCAUGGAAUCCUUUUGCUUUUGUCUGCUACUUUCAUGGACAUAUGACUUACCAAAGUAACUCAUUUAUGUACUGAUGCUUUUAGUUCAUGUUUAAUAUACAUGAAUAAUAUUAACAUUUCUCAGUGGCUAUUGAAAAUUAAUAUUGGGUUUGCAAACUUUAAGUAAACACAUACAAUAUGCCUUGUUGUGACAUAAGUAAAAUAUGGAGAAUCAUUGAGUAAAAAUAGUGCACUUUAUUUUCUGAGCACUAAAUAUAUCAGUGUAUCUAAAUAUUUAACUUGAAAAUCCACACAAUUCUGGUCUGUCAGUAGCGCUCAGAAAUAGAGAUGCAUACAGUAUAUGAAUCUUGACAUGAGAUAGGGGGAUUGUGGAAAAAGUCAUUUUAAAUGGUAAAGCUUUACAUUUUUUUGUGUUGACAGUUUAAGAAACCCUUUGGGGGAGAGUUACUAAGGUGUGGUUUCAUCAAACUGUGGAGUUUCAUGGUACUGUAUUUGAAGUGCGGCUUGCAAACUUUAAUUCAGUAAAGGCAAAAGUGCACAUAAAAUAGUACGAAGCCAAACUGCAUAAACUCAAACCAUCUUUGUCCCUCGAAAACUGUGUUACUAUGCACAGCAAUUUAUCACGUGGUGGUUUGCACCUAGAAGAAUGAAUAAUUAGAAAAAAAUACAUGUUUUUGUGACAAAUGAGAGAGGAGCUCAAACAGCAUGCAUUAGAAUAGGUGAAUUAUAACAUAAGGUAAAUAAACAGAUCAGCCUAACUUUGGACUCAGUCCUCUAGGGAGUCCUCAAAAAAUAUUUGGGUCCCCUCCUCUAGAUAUUACUAGCCUAAUAUUUGAUAGCAUUCGGCCCCUGUUGGCAGCCCUGGCUGUUGAAAUAAAUAUGUGUAAAUUAUAGUUACACCCUUUGGUGGCCCUACAAGUGAUGGCACGUCAAACAUGAGUGUUACUAAUUUUAGAGAUGGAAAGUAAAGUUUUGUGGGGAUACUAUUAUAAGUCAACAAUUAAGACAACUUUUAUUACAUUCUGUAAUUGGGCGCUGUGGAACCCUUGUGGUGCCAUAUAAAUAAAGGAUAAUAAUAAUAAUAAUAAUAAUAAUAAUAAUAAUUAAGCAUAAGACAAACUACAUGAAGAAUGAAAUCAAUAUUAACCAAUAUGCAAUAGAGGAUAUAAAUAUCACCAUAUGGACAGCACUGUAUUGAGAAUAGUAUAUUAUGCAUGGUUCCGGUAUGAAUGGUCGACCAUGUUAUGGUCGACAGUCAUUAUGUCGACCACUAUUGGUCGACAUUGACAUGGUCGACAUGGACACAUGGUCGACACAUGAAAAUGGUCGACACAUGAAAGGUCGACAUGAAAAGGUCGACAUGAGUUUUUUAACUUUUUUUUGAGUCGUUUUUGGCUUAAAGUGACUGGGAACCCCAAUUAGUGCACCGCAUCCCCUCGCAUGGCUCGCUUUGCUCGCCAUGCUUCGGGCAUGGUGCCUUCGCCCCGCUACCGCUUCGCUCGGCACAGAUUACCGUUCCAAUAGUAGUCCACGUGGAUCGUAAAGUAUGGAAAAGUUCCCCAAAAGAAAAAAAAGUAAAAAAAACUCAUGUCAACCUUUUCAUGUGUCGACAUUUCAUGUGUCGACCAUUUCAUGUGUCGACCAUGUGUCCAUGUCGACCAUGUCAAUGUCGACCAAUAGUGGUCGACCUAAUGACUGUCGACCAUAACAUGGUCGACCAUGUGAACGGAUACCAUUAUGCAUAUGAAGCCCCACAACUCAUUUGUAAUACCUUGAUUCUGUACUUUUACCACAAAAACAGUGAACUUAAAAUACAGUACAUUGUGUAUAAAUCGUAGUUUACAGUAAUGAGUUAAAAAUUGAGUUUUAAUGUGGUUAAAAGGUAUCAUCACCUGCUAUUUGUAAUUACAUCUCACAUAACUUCUCACUAGAGGGUCAAUAAUCACAACCAGCGUAAUGAGCCUGGAUGGAAUCUGGUAGGUAUUGAUGAAAUAUAUAAGUUUGGUAACACUGAACAUAUAUUGAGAAAUAGAGACAGAAAAGGCACAUGUCCAACAAUAUGAUAGGUUUCUACUGUUGACCUGUGUCCCAAAUAGUAGUGAACAGUCAAUGAGAGCUCCUAAAGCAUAUUUAACAAGUUCAAAAUGUGACAGUCCUGCAUCUAAUGUCAGUAUAGAGUGCAGAGAAACAUAUAUAUUUAUAAUGAGUGUUAUUGACUGCUGGUCCUUCUAGAACUACUGUAUGAACACAUUGUACAUUGGAACACUCCAGGAGAGCACUUGCCAAAGAGUGCCACUAUCUCUGUUGAGCCCUGAUAAUAAGCAGCUCCAAUCAGAAGCAGUCUCUAACACAUUCAAUGAUAUUUGAGAUUGUCUGAGCUCAGUCAGUGACAGGGAUGACACCUGUUACCAUAUUGAGUGGGGGGUAGUCUUUAUUUUAUUGUAGUUAAACAUGUCAGCUUGUCAAGGUGUUUACCCAUGAAGAUUAAACCAAACAUAUGCUAUUUAGGGGUUUGAUGAUAAAUCCUGUGGCUUGUAUGUGAAGUGUGGCAACUUUUGUAUCACACAGCAAAGUGCACUUUAGUAGCUUUCACCUUAAAAUAGAGGUUAGUGCAAAAUAUCCACAGUACAUAUAUUAACGCACAAUUUGAAAGGAAUGGGGCCAAAACUGUGGUGGUUUUGCAUAUGGUACCACCUAGGUACAGAUGUGUCCACAUACAUCUAGCCUCCUGGCACAUUAAAAAGCCCGUCUAGUUAUACAAAUCCAUGGCGUGACUAGGUAGCGCUGAGCAUCUUUUGUGUGACUUUUUCUAUUAAAAUGCAUGUUAUUUGCAAAACAAUGCAAAUAGGAUGCACAAGCAGC